GGAAGUAGGUUAAUGUUUUGAACAAAUACGUUACCCAUGCAUGGCUACGUCGACUGCCACUGUCAUAUCUCUGCGGGGGAUUUUGACAAGGACAUAGAGGAGGUGGUUGAGAAUUCAAAAAAGGCUGGGUUGUUGGCUCUGUUAGCCGUGGCCGAGCAUGCUGGGGAAUUUGAGAAGAUUAUUGAGUUGUCACAAAGGUUUCCAGGUUUCAUUUUUCCCUGCCUAGGAGUCCAUCCUGUUCAAGAGGUUUCCCCAGAGCAGCAGAGGGGGGCUUCUCUCCAGGAUCUAGAUGCAGCUCUACCCAUAAUAGAGAAAUACAAAGACCACCUUGUGGCCAUUGGGGAGGUUGGUUUGGAUUUUACACCCAGAUACGUCAGGGGUGAGACUGACAAAGACAGCCAGAGGCAGGUCCUCAUUCGUCAGGCACAGAUAGCCAAGGAACUGGAUCUCCCUCUGAAUGUUCAUUCACGGUCUGCUGGAAGACCCACCAUCCAGCUCCUGAAGGAGCAAGGUGUCGAAAAAGCCCUGCUUCAUGCUUUUGAUGGGAAGCCAUCUGUUGCCAUGGAGGGAGUGAAGGCUGGAUAUUUCUUCUCUAUCCCACCAUCCAUCAUACGCAGUGAUCAGAAGCAGAAACUCGUGAAACAGUUGCCGUUAGAGAACAUCUGUCUAGAAACAGAUUCACCUGCUCUUGGUCCAGAAAAACAGGUGAGAAACGAGCCAAAAAACAUCUGUGUCUCUGCCGAGUACAUCAGCAAGAUUAAAGGAGUGUCGCUGCAGGAGGUGAUGGAGGUGACGACACAGAACGCUCUCCGACUCUUCCCAAAGAUAAAGUCUGCCUUCAGACCCUGACAAAGCCUUAAAAGUUUAUUUCAUCAGUAUUUUAAUGUGGUAGUCUGAUUGUCCUGAUUGUUCAGAUGUCCUGAAGUGUAUGUAAAUCUGAGUCUUAAGCUAAAACACCUUCAUGUGAACUAUAACCUAUUUAUUUAUCUCCAAUAAAGAAAGAUACGGUAACAAUCUAACACACAUGUUGGAUAUUUUUCAUGUGUGUGAUACAUCUGAAACAUCAACAUUUCAUAAAUAUGUUACAAAAACAACAGCUGACAUCCGUCAUCAUUUAAACAUUCAUAUCAUUGUAAAGUGAAUAAUCAUGAUAUGCCACUGUUAUUUUUUUAUAUUUCCCAUCAACAGAUGUAAACAGAGCAGUGAUAUCAUUAAGUUAAUAAUUUCACUGGUCACUUGUGCUAUUUAUAUCAAUGUUGCUGCACAUUCUCUAUAAUUAAAAGGUGAUUCGUCAUGGACUUAACAUCAGCUGCUGUAGCUAAACUCUAAUGAAUGGAUCAGUGGCAGUUCACAGCUGGAUGGGGUAUUGCUGCCUUCAAGUGCUCCUCAUGAAAUCUCACCUUUGAGCUCAGUUUCACCCUAGUUUUAAUCCUAUAGAAUGAUCUCGGAGCUGAUUUAGGGUCAUUUCCAAUCUGACGAUAGUUAAAAAUUUUGAUUUUUUAUUCUUUUUUAUACAUAUUUAAUUAGCAUCACUGGAGGGAGC